AUGGAGGCAGCCACAGAUCUUCAGGACACAGCCUCAUUAACUAUGAAGUUUGAGUUUAACCCAAAGCUGGGGAUUGAUAAUCCUGUCCUCUCCCUGGCCGAAGACCACAACUUGUCUGAUUCCUGGAGCCUGAAGCGGCCUCGCUUCUGUCUGCUAAGCAAAGAGGAGGGCAGGAGUUUUGGCUUCCAUCUGCAGCAGGAACUGGGCAGUGCUGGGCCUGUGGUGUGCAGGGUGGAACCAGGCACCUCUGCACAGCAUCAGGGUCUUCAAGAAGGAGAUCGUAUCCUGGGGGUGAAUAGUGAUGUCGUGGAAAAUGAAGACUACACAACGGUGGUACGCCGAAUCCGGGCCGGUGGUCCCCGGGUGUUGCUGACGGUUUUGGCACGGCACGUGCAUGAUGUGGCUCGAGCUCAGCAGGGCAAGGAUGCUCACUUCUGUCCUACCCUAGGCCCAGGGGUCCGGCCCCGGCUGUGCCACAUAGUGAAAGAUGAGGGUGGCUUUGGCUUCAGCGUCACCCAUGGAAAGCAGGGUCCUUUCUGGUUGGUGCUGAGCACUGGGGGAGCAGCUGAGCGGGCAGGAGUGCCCCCUGGGGCCCGACUGCUAGAAGUGAAUGGGAUCAAUGUGGAGAAGUUCACUCAUAACCAACUCAGCAGGAAGCUUCAGCAGAGUGGAGAGCAGGUGACCGUGCUGGUGGCAGCACCAGAAGUGGAGGAACAGUGUCGUCAGCUUGGAAUGCCCCUGGCCGCACCCCUUGCAGAGGGCUGGGCAUUGCCCACCAGGCCCCGUUGUCUGCACCUAAGGAAAGGGCCCCAGGGCUUUGGGUUCCUGCUUCGGGAGGAGAAGGGCCUUGGUGGUCGUCUCGGGCAGUUUCUGUGGGAGGUGGACCCAGGACUGCCAGCUGAGAAGGCUGGGAUGCUGGCUGGAGACCGGCUGGUGGCUGUGGCUGGGGAGAGCGUGGAGGGGCUGAGCCAUGAGGAAACAGUGUCCAGGAUCCGGGCACAGGGCUCCUGCGUCUCCCUCGUUGUCAUUGACCCUGAGGCUGACCGCUUCUUCAGCAUGGUCCGCCUGUCCCCACUCCUCUUUUUGGAGAGCACAGACAUUCUUGCCUCUCCCCAGGACACCUUCUCAGCACCCUUGGUUGAGACCAAGGACCCACCAGUUGAAGUUACAAGUAUGCUUCUUGUUGCCUCCCGCCAGUGCUUCCUGUACCCUGGGCUUGGUGGUGCCUAUGGCUUCCGACUCAGCUAUGUGGCCAAUGGAUCCAAUGUUUUCAUUUCCCAGGUGACCCCAGGAGGUUCGGCUGCCCGGGCUGGGCUACGAACAGGGGACAUAAUCCUGGAGGUGAAUGGGUGUCCUGUGGGUGGAGAGAAUGACCCAGAAAAGCUUCAGCAGCUGUGCGAAGCUGAACCACCCCUCUGCUUGAAGCUGGCAGCCAGGUCUCAGCAGGGCUUGGAAGCCUGGAUUCCCUCAAAGUCUCAAGAGGACUGGGCUUUGGCCUCAGAUAUGCUAUAG